AUGCCAAACUAUGCGAAAUUCAUGAAAGACCUUCUAUCAAAGAAACACAAGUUGAAGGAAUGCGAAACAGUAGCCUUGACACAGGAGUGCAGUGCCAUCAUUCAGAGGAAACUUCCUCCCAAGCUGAAGGAUCCCGGCAGUUUCAGUAUUCCUAUUGAAAUAGGAGACAUUGAAGUUGGGAAAGCAUUAUGUGAUCUGGGAGCAAGUAUCAACCUGAUGCCACUAUCCAUGUGCAGAGCUCUUGGAAUCAAGGAGCUCAAGCUGACUACCGUUUCUCUCCAGUUAGCUGACAGAACGAUCAGAAGACCAGAUGGGGUAAUUAAGGAUGUGUUAGUUAAAAUUGACAAAUUUAUCUUCCCUGCAGAUUUUGUAGUUCUGAAUAUGGCAAAAGACACCGAGAUCCCCAUACUGCUUGGAAGGCCAUUCUUAACCACCGCAAGGGCAUUGGUCGAUGUGGAGCAAGGAAAAAUAAUACUGAGGGUGGACGAAGAAACAGUCACCAUUAACAUCUUUGAAUCAAUGAAACAUCCAACAGACGGAGGAGAUUGUUUUAUGAUAGACAUACUACAAGAAGCAAUUGAUAAUGCUAUGAAAGAGGAGAAUUCUCUGCUUGAGUUAGAACAAAUCAACGACGACGUUGAAGUAACUGAUAAAGAACCAGUGGUGGAGCAACUUGAAAGAAAGAAAGAUGACAUCCCUCUUGGAGCACCAAAGGUAGAGCUUAAGGAGUUACCUCCAAAUUUAAAAUAUGUCUUCCUAGGUAACAACAAUACCUAUCCAGUCAUCAUCAAUGUUGAGCUAACAACAGCAGAAUAA